AUGACACUCACCUACACUACCGUUCCGUUACAAGUCAAGGGCGUAAACCUCCAACUGGCUACAAUCCACAAUCUCAACUCCCAACCACCAAUUUUCUUUCUACAUGGAUUCGGUUCUUGCAAAGAAGAUCUAGCCGAUAUAGGGCUACACUCCGACCUCAAGAAAUAUGGCUUCAUUGCCUUCGACGCACCAGGUUGCGGACAUUCCAUCAGCGACAAGCUAUCUGCAACGGAUAUCCCUUUCCUUGUCGCAACAGCCGAGGCGCUCCUCGCGAAAUUCAAGAUCGAGAAAUUCCAUAUAAUGGGCCACUCAAUGGGUGGAUUAACCGCGCUUUUACUCGCUCACCGCCACCCAAGUCGUGUUUUAAGCUUCAUCGAUAUCAAGGGUAACCUUGCACCAGAGGACUGUUUCCUAAGUCGUCAGAUCUUCACAUUCCACUCAGAUGACCCAGAGGUCUUCCUGGAUGAAUUCAUCAACCGAACUCGUCAAGCGGAGUCAUUUGCUAGUCCGUUGUAUUCUAGCACUUUGCGUGCGCGGGUACGUGCUGAGGCUAUACGGCCGAUAUUUGAGUCGAUGGUGCACUUGUCAGAUGAGGAGGAUCUUUUGGGUAUGUUUCUGUCCUUGCCGUUCCCGAAGAUGUUCAUGUUUGGGGCGGAAAAUCGGGGCUUGUCUUAUUUGUCUCAGUUGGAGAGUCAAGGUGUGGAACUGGCGGAGAUUCCGGAUAGUGGACACUUUCCGAUGUAUUCGAACCCGGUGGAGAUGUAUCGUCGCAUCGUUGGAUUUUUGCGCGAAGUUGAUAUAAACUAG